CCAAAACUUUUAGGAUUCUACAUGUAAAAAAUUCUUUUUUAUUCCCGUCUCUCUUUCUUACUUUUCUCUUCCAUCUCAUGGAAACGAUAUUCCAUCGAUGUCUAUACCAUGGGUGGUUAGACCCCUCCAUUUCCUAAGAAAAAGACCAAAGUCAUUCGUAUUCACGCUGCACCGGCCCUUUCAUGCUUUGACCUUUAUAUCAGCUCUUUUGUGGGGAAGCAUCUCCAUCACAUGGUGCUACCCAUUUCGGGCCCCGUCGUCCACAAGUCUUGUAAACUUUCGUGGACAGACGCCCAUUCAAGUGACAAAAUACGCCGUCAUCCAUUCGUUUCCAUGGUUUAUGGCCUUCUUUUGUUUCUUCCUGCCAAAUGAACAAAGGAAAGUGCUUUGGCUAAAGAAUAGCCAAACCUGGCGUUUAUCCAUUUCCAGUUUAAUAUUUUCCGAGAGACCGCAAUUUGAAUUUUUUCCCCGUGUGUGUCACACAAACUCAGAAUGUCUUUGAAACCAAGAACAGCAAAUUAUAUUGAAAACGACUAUGUACAUAAAAUAACAGUGAAGAUGGGGUAUAGGUGUGUUUUAAAA